UCUGUUUCUUGAGAAUUUGUUGAACUUGUGAUGAGAGAUCCUUGCACAAGUAAUUAUUUUUGUUGCUGCGUCUUCUAAUACGGUCAUUUCCAAUCAUAAAUCGACCUCAUCGAUUUCAUCUCGGCUUCACUGCAACAGAAUGGGCUUUCAGAAGCAACAGAAUGGGGUGCGGAUAGCAAUUGAUGUAAGACGAGCUUUAUUCUCUGUGCUCGCUGCAACGAUCUGUACUCAAAUGUCUUUCAAGUAUUGAAGAACCAAGUCCUCUGCCUGUCCUUGGUAGAUAAAUACAUCUCCAAAUUCCGCUUAGCUAUGUUGCCCUGCUGACAAUUGCGAUAGCGAGGCGGGACAUUCACUGAUUGCGUAGCCAACCCCGGAUCUGGAAAGAUGGAAGACAACAUUAUCAUUAAACUCCUCUCCGAAGACCCAUCAAACUACGAAGAUGCCCCUCUCGAGGGGAUCAGAAGAAUCCUGUCCAAGUUCUUGAACAAAGACAUUCCCAGAGGCGAGCCCCUCGAUACCACCAAAAUCGAGAGUAUACGCAUGGGAACCACAGUAGCAACAAAUGCAUUACUGGAGAGGAAAGGCGAGAGGAUAGCUUUGGUAGUGACCAAGGGCUUUAAAGACUGUCUGGAAAUUGGUAAUCAAUCAAGACCGAAAAUCUUUGAUCUGGCAAUCCGAAAGCCGGAUGUUCUAUACGAGAAAGUCGUAGAGAUUGAUGAGAGAGUGACGUUAGAAGACUACGCUGAGGACCCAGAACGGAAUGUUACAAAAGUAGAAUCUAAGGAGUCAGAUAUGAAUAUGUCUCUUGUGAAAGGUUUAUCGUCCGAAGCGGUUCGCAUAUUGCAACGGCCGGACGAAAGAAAGAUUCGGGAACAAUUACAGGACGUUUGGGACCAGGGUAUCAAGAGCAUAGCAGUAUGCCUUAUGCAUGGAUAUACCUUUAGCGACCACGAAGCUUUAGUUGGCAAAAUCGCACGAGAUAUGGGCUUUCAGCAUGUUUCUCUCAGCCAUGAGCUCAUGCCAAUGAUCAAGCUGGUCCCGAGAGCAACAUCCGUAUGUGCAGAUGCAUAUCUGACGCCCAUCAUCAAGAAGUAUAUCGCAGGAUUCCAGAAAGGCUUCGAGGGAGGCUUGGGAAGUGAGAGUGUAAAGACUGAAAGGGGAUCAAGAGGUGCUAGAUGCGAGUUUAUGCAAUCAGACGGUGGCCUUGUCGACGUUGAUAAGUUUUCUGGGCUGAAGGCAAUUCUCUCUGGUCCGGCUGGAGGCGUUGUUGGUUAUGCUCUUACCUCGUACGAUGCGGAGACCAGAACACCAGUCAUUGGCUUCGAUAUGGGUGGAACCUCCACCGAUGUGUCAAGGUAUGGUUCUGGAAGAUAUGAGCAUGUUUUUGAAACCACUACCGCAGGUGUCACCAUUCAAUCUCCACAGUUGGAUAUAAAUACUGUUGCAGCAGGGGGUGGCUCGAGAUUAUUCUUCAGAAACGGUCUCUUCGUUGUUGGGCCAGAAAGUGCAGGUGCCCACCCAGGACCAGGCUGCUACCGUAAAGGCGGCCCAGCAACUGUGACAGACGCAAACCUAUUCCUUGGGAGAUUGCUGCCUGACGUCUUCCCAAAGAUCUUCGGCAAAAACGAAGACGAAGGUCUUGAUGUGUCAGCAAGUGAGAAGUUGUUGACAGAGCUUACAGAGCAGAUCAACAGGGAGACAGGCAAGACCAUGAGUGUUGACGAGGUUGCAUUCGGUUUUUUGACCGUGGCUAACGAGACCAUGACAAGACCCAUUCGGUCACUAACCGAAGCGAAAGGUCAUGAUACUUCAAAGCAUCGCUUAGCUACUUUUGGUGGUGCUGGUGGACAGCAUGCGGUUGCUAUUGCUGAGAGUCUGGGCAUUCGUCAAACCUUGGUGCAUCGCUACUCUUCUGUUCUUUCCGCUUAUGGCAUGUCACUCGCAGAUGUCGUUGAGGAACGUCAAGAGCCAGAGUCGAAGGUCUGGGCAGAUAUGGGAGAUGCGAAAGGUGCAUUGAUGAAGAAAAUCGAGGAAUUGAAAGAGAAAUCAAAAGCAGCCUUGAAGGAGCAGGGAUUUGAAGAAGAUUCUAUCAUUUUCGAAAAGUAUCUCAACAUGCGAUAUCGAGGUACGGAAUCUGCUUUGAUGGUCGUCAAGCCGUCAAAACAAGAAGCUCAGAAGGAGUUUGGCGGAGACGAAAAUGCCUUUUCUCAGGCAUUUGUCAAACAGCACCAGCAAGAAUUCGGAUUCACAUUUGACCGAGACAUAAUAGUUGAUGAUGUGCGAGUGCGAGGUAUUGGAAAGAGCUUUGAGCACUUGGGUAAGACUGUGGACCAGCAGCUGAAGGAGGUCAAGCCCAACGACGUCAAGUCAGGCACAAAAGAGUACAAGCGAUCAAAAGUCUACUUCGAGGGGGGGAGAAAGGAUAGCCCAAUUUAUAAACUCGAAGAUCUUGAUGUUGGUGAUAAGAUACAAGGACCAGCUAUUCUAUGCGAUGGUACCCAGACAAUCGUGGUGCCUCCAAAUACUUCGGCGCUGAUCAUUGAGACACAUGUGGUAAUCAAUAUUGGCGAAAAGGGGCUCAGCAACAAAGAAGUUUCUAAUCCCGAGAUGAGAAGAGACACCGAUCCCAUCAUGUUGAGUAUCUUCGCUCAUCGCUUUAUGUCCAUCGCCGAGCAGAUGGGUCGGGCUCUCCAGAAAACCAGUGUAAGUACAAACGUCAAGGAACGCCUUGACUACUCAUGUGCCCUCUUUGAUUCGACGGGCGGCUUGGUUGCCAAUGCACCACAUCUGCCUGUCCAUCUGGGAAGUAUGUCGACAUGCGUAAAACGGCAAGCCGAGAUAUGGAGAGGGAAAUUGGUUAAGGGAGAUGUGCUCGUAUCCAAUCAUCCAGAAUUUGGCGGAACACAUCUUCCGGAUAUCACGGUCAUCACGCCAGCUUUCGACCAGGCCGGGAAGAACAUUCUUUUCUAUUGCGCAUCCCGGGCCCAUCAUGCGGACAUCGGAGGAAUUUUACCAGGAAGCAUGCCGCCACAUUCUCGAGAAUUGUACCAAGAGGGCGCAGCUAUCAAGUCCGAGAAGCUUGUCAGUGCUGGGAAGUUUAAUGAGGAGCGAAUAACCGAGCUGCUCCUGAAGGAGCCUGCAAAACACAAGGGCUGCAGUGGUACACGAUGCUUGUCUGAUAAUAUCUCCGACUUGAAAGCACAAAUCUCCUCAAAUAUGAAGGGAAUCAACUUGAUAUCAUCCCUGAUUGAGGAGUACGGCGAGGACGUUGUCAACUCUUAUAUGGUUGCCAUCCAGGAGAACGCGGAGCUCAGCGUCCGGAAUCUUCUGAAAGAUGUUAGCAAGCGAUUUGAAGGGCAGGAUCUGACUGCUGUGGAUUACAUGGACGAUGGUAGCCCGAUCAAGCUUAAGAUCACGAUUGAUGCUGAAAAAGGGGAGGCAGACUUCGACUUUACUGGAACUGGGCCUGAGGUUUAUGGAAAUACAAAUGCCCCACAAGCUGUCACAUAUAGCGCGAUUAUCUAUUGUCUCCGCAGCCUCAUAUCCGAGGACAUCCCACUGAAUCAAGGAUGUUUGAAGCCCAUCAACGUCUUAAUCCCACCCAAAUCGUUCCUCUCGCCGUCGGACAAAGCCGCGGUUGUCGGAGGUAACGUCUUGACUUCACAGCGAGUUACAGAUGUGAUUCUCAAAGCUUUCCAAGCCUGUGCUGCCUCCCAAGGAGACUGUAACAACUUGACUUUUGGCUUUGGUGGUAACAUUGAAGGACAGGAAGAUGUCAAAGGUUUCGGAUACUAUGAGACAAUCGCUGGAGGAAGUGGAGCCGGCAAGGACUGGGAAGGUACUUCAGGUGUUCACACACAUAUGACGAACACGAGAAUCACAGACGCAGAGGUAUUCGAAAGACGGUAUCCAGUACUUCUGCGAGAAUUCUCUCUGAGAUCUGGCUCUGGAGGAGCUGGCAAGCACCGUGGUGGAGAUGGCGUCAUCCGAGAUAUCGAGUUCAGAAUACCAGUCCAGGUAUCAAUAUUAAGCGAAAGGAGAGUAUACCAUCCCUACGGACUCGCUGGAGGUGAAGACGGAGAAUGUGGUCUCAAUAUAUGGGUCCGAAAGGUUGAGACGAGUAAUCCUGCGAGGUCCGAUAAGACGUUGAACGGAUCUGGAGACGAUGUCGAUGAUGCGGUGUAUGAAGAGCGGUGGAUCAAUAUGGGUGGCAAGAAUACAGCAGCUAUGAAGGCUGGAGAGAGAAUCAUCAUCAAUACUCCUGGAGGCGGUGGAUGGGGAAAUGUCGGUGAUAUCAAGGAGGAGAAGCAGGCGCAAGAUCCUAAGCAUGCGUGGAGAGGUGGCAGUCAUGCAAGUAGAGAGGAAAUGGCAUUGCAAGCAUAAUAAAAAAAUGAAGUAUCCCAAUCCAGUGCCAAUUUCCAUCCGUUGCCUCUUAUGAGUUGUUGGGACAUUCCGAAUUCGCUUCUUUGAAAAGUCUGUACUGUAAUCAGCUGGCACCAGUUCACAUGCGAGCUUCGUGCGGGCUGGUGGUAGAUCUGGCACUGCUUGGGGCAUUCUCAAAUAGUCCUAAAAGAAGUAGGUGCAUGUCAGAGUCAAUGGAAAAGGGAUAUCAGACUUCGCUGUGGUGCUCAGUCUUUGGUAGUUGAGGGUUUUCUGGUAGAAGAAAUACACCGCCACUUCGAGAUAUACACCGACAUCGCUAUUCAUGACUCUUCACCAACUUGUGGCAGGCCACAUAUGAGUCUACAUAACAAAUGCUCAGAAGUUGAUUCAAAGAAAGAAGAAGAAGCUUUCAGUCCAAUCAACGCUGUUCCGCCGUUAUAUUCCCUUUACAACAUUAGGUCAAGACUUGCUGCGACUUAUGCAGGUAAAACCAGACAGACCACAAGGCACAAAUCAGCAAACCUGGCGAGAGCAACAAUGAAUACCGGUUGCCUAAUUCCUCAUAAUAGAGAAGAAAAGAGCAAAUACUGUGCACAUCUCCACAUUGAGGAUCUAAUGAAAGGAUACAUAAAGGAUGAACAGAU